UUCAACUUUUACCCUUUGACCAAGAAGCCCGCAAAGAAGAUAUUAGUCUAUAUGACGCAAGGCCAAGUGUUUUCUCUUCCAUUGACGUAUAAUCCAACAUAUGAGCUAAAGACUCCAGAAUCUAUUAAGCGUGCCGCCGCAAAGCAUGCACCAUCCCCGCAUAAGCCAAAAUUCUUGAGUCGAUUUAAAAUGGAUACAGUGUUGGCAAGCAAGACUCCGCCCUAUGUCGAAAAACUCACGGAUGUGGCCCGAGACAUUCAGUACUAUGCUGAUGUCGAGAUAGGAUCUAAUGAACAGAGAUUGCGGUUGGACUUUGAUACCGGAAGUAGUGAUCUUUGGGUCCCAGAUUCAACCUGCAAGACAAGACGCGUCACCUUUAACCGUGCGACUUCAACCUCAUUCAAACCCAUGAAGGGCAAGUUCCAGAUAUCUUAUGGAGAUGGUUCGACGGUUAAGGGAAUCCUCGGCCAGGACCGCGUGAAUGUUGCAGGGUUGGUGAUCGAGAAUCAAACGAUUGGACUUGCCACAACCGAGUCGACUUCGUUUAGUAACGAUGUGGUGGAUGGUAUUCUGGGACUCGCAUACAGUUCCAUUUGUUCGGUGCCUGGAACGUUGACACCAAUGGAUAAUAUGAUCCAACAGAAGUUGAUCGAGUCGCCAUGCUUUAGCGUCUGGCUCGGACGAAGCACAGAAGGCGGCGGUGGAGAAUAUCGCUUCGGAGGCUACGAUGAGGAUAGGUUUGAAGGCGAGUUGACAUGGGUUCCGGUAACUGUCAAGCGAUAUUGGCAAAUCAAAUGCGAUGGUCUUUUCUUUGGUGACGAGAAUCUUUAUCACACAGGGGAUGUGAUCAUCGACACCGGCACGACACUUGUUAUUGUACCCACGCCAGUUGCCGAGACGAUCCAUGCCGAGAUUCCUGGUGCGAUUUAUGACGAUAAAUGGGGCUGGAUCAUCCCCAAAACGAAAGAGAAUGCAGACCUUAGCGGGGUACAAUUUGUCCUCAACGGCGUCAAGUUCGAUGUAAUCAUGAAGGAUAUCAUGCGUGAAGACGUUCACGGAAAGCGCGGCUAUGUCUACUCUGGUAUUGCCAGCAAUGACAAUAUCCCGGUCUGGAUAUUGGGUGAUGUCUUUAUCAAACAAAAUUAUUGUGUAUUUGAUCUAGGUGAGGAUCGGAUCGGCAUUGCCAAGUGCAAGCCGCCCCCACGGUCCCAACCCACGGUUGUACAGCAUAUGAAGAACGAGAUUGGCGAGAUCCAGAAGCUAAGCGGCGACAGGUGCCUGAUCCUCUAAGCAACGGCGCGCGGAGCCUUUACUUAACACCGUGUAAUAAAAGAG